AGUGACGAAAGUUUUAUUAAUCUCGUACACACCUAAAAUAAGAUUAAAAACGACUAAUAAGCAAUUUUAUAACGUAAAAAUGAUACAGUGUAACGCGUACGUUUUUUUCUACCAAGUUAUGUACUACAUCACACUGAUUGGUAAUCAUAAAAACUUGCAUUGUAAUAAAUUAUAUUAUGGUAUCAAAUUAAAUGGUUCAAAGACUAGUUUCCUCAUAAUAAUUUGUUUCUACUUUCAUGAUAUAUCAAAGAGAAAGUAAUUAAAUUCUUGUUUGCUAAUCAUUUUGUAUCUGAAUGGAAUGUAACGCAGGCAGAAAUGGCAUUGAGAUCAGACGGUUUCGUGGAUAUUGAUAUUCAUACACUCGAAUCAGUGCUUUCCCGAGAAACAUUAAAUUGUAAAGAAAUACACAUAUGGGACGCUGCUUUAAGAUGGGCUACUGCGGAAUGUAUCAGGCAAGAACUAGAACCCACGGCAGCAAAUCAAAGACAAUUAUUAGGAUCUGCUUUGUAUUUAAUUAGACUUCCUGCUAUGAAUCUGGAAGAAUUCGCCAAUAGUGCUGCCCAAACCGGAAUCUUAACGCAGCAAGAAACGAUCGACGUUUUUUUACAUUUCACUGCUAGCAAUAAGCCACAACUUUGCUUUCCUAUUAAACCUCGGCAAGGUUUAAAAACUCAAGUCUGUCACAGGUUUCAAUCGUGCGCGUACAGAUCAAACCAGUGGCGUUACAGAGGCAGAUGCGACUCGAUUCAAUUCAGCGUUGAUAAGAGAAUUUUUGUAGUUGGUUUUGGUCUCUAUGGAAGCUCGUCCGGUGCUGCAGACUAUAAUGUUCGAAUCGAACUUAAAAGAUUGGGAUGCGUGUUAUCCGAGAACAGCACGAAAUUCUUCUCGGACGGUUCUAGCAGUACAUUUCACGUAUACUUCGAGAACCCGAUUCAAAUCGAACCAGAAUGCUUUUACACGGCUAGUGUUAUAUUAGACGGCGGCGAAUUGAGUUACUUCGGCCAAGAAGGGAUGUCAGAGAUAACUGUGGGUAAUGUAAACUUCCAAUUUCAAUGCAGUUCGGAAAGUACGAAUGGGACCGGUGUACAGGGAGGGCAAAUACCUGAACUGAUAUUCUACGGCCCGCCAGUAGAUGACUGACGGAAAUUUACCGCCGAGAUAAUGGUUUAACUGGUGGCUCUCGAAAUGUAAUAAUGUUCCUUGAGAUCUUUCAAGGUUUUGUAUGAUCAUCAUGUUAUGUACUAUUUUUUAAGUAGAUGAAAAAUGUUGCGCAAUAGACGCACUCUUGAAUGUAUCGAA